AUCUUACAAAUAUGUUGUUAGGAUGGAACAACGCCCUUACAAUACAACAAGAUGAGAAUGGAAGUACACCUCUCCACUUGGUUGCAUCUGUGCUAGGGCAAAGUGACCGACGGACUAUACGUAUACUUCUACUGAAAGCCAAUCCAGACGCAUUGUAUCAACCUGACAACAGUGGACUAUUCCCCAUACACGUGGCUGCAUCCGUGGAUGCAACACUUGCCAUCAGUGAUUUUCUUAAGAAGUCAUCAAGAUGUGCUGGUUUGCGCGAUGCUCGGGGAAGGACAUUUCUUCAUGUUGCAGUUGACAAAAUGAAAAUACGUACUGUCGGGUCUGCUUGCAGAAACCGAUCGUUAUCAUGGAUUUUUAAUAUGCAAGACAAAGAAGGAAACACUGCACUACACCUUGCUAUCCAGAAAGGGAGUCUGACGAUGUUUUGUGCUCUAUUCGGCAAUAGACAAGUAUCGUUAAAUUUAACAAAUGAGAAAGGUGAGACUGCACUAGAUAUAGCACGUUGCAAUGUUCCCGAAGGAGGACUGUAUUACAACCAGAACAGUGAAGUAAAAAUAGACCUCGCACUGAAAUUUGCUGGUGCUAAAUGCGGUAUUUCUCGCCGGGACUAUUUUGAAGAAAAUGAUAUUAUCCAAGAAAGACAGGAUGAUAAUAAAAACAAGGAGAUAGUGAAAGAGGGGACACAAACUCUAUGUAUUGGCUCUGUCCUAAUUGCAACCGUGACGUUUGGUGCAACUUUUGCCAUGCCUGGAGGUUAUAGAGCCGAUGAUCACAUUAAUGGAGGCACGCCAACACUUGCUGGAAGGUAUGCUUUUGAUGCAUUCACCCUGGCCAAUGCACUCGCCUUCACUUUUUCCACAAUGGCUACAAUUUCCCUCAUGGCUUCUGGAUCGUCCUUGUAUAAUCUUCGAAGCCGGAUCAUGCACCUAGGAACG